AUGUGCGGAAUUUUGGCCCUCUUCGGCUUGCAGGACGCUGGACCCUUGCGGAAGCAAGUGGUGGAUGCUGCAAAGCUCCUGCGACACCGAGGGCCUGAUUGGAGUGGAGUAUACUGUGAGGGAAGCACCAUCAUUGCCCACGAGCGCCUUGCGAUCGUGGACCCUGACAGUGGUGAUCAGCCGUUGUUCAACGAGGCCAAGGACAUCGUUUUGGGGGUCAAUGGUGAAAUCUACAACUACACUGACUUGCAAGACGAGUUGGAGGAGAGAGCUCCCAAGAAGCACAAAUUCCUCACCAAGAGCGACUGCGAGGUCUUGCUCCACUUGUACGCCCAGGAUGGCAUCGAUUUCUUAAGCAAGAACGAGGUGUGUGGAAUGUAUGCCUUCGCCAUUUGGGACAAGAAAAACAAGACGUAUCUGGUUGCUCGCGAUCCAGUUGGGAUCAUCCCGUUGUAUAUUGGAUGGGGAAGCGAUGGAUCAGUGCAAGUGGCUAGCGAGCUGAAGGCUUUGCACAAGGCUUGCGAAAGAUAUGAAGAGUUUCCCCCAGGUCAUGUUUUAGACUCCAAGACCGGCAAGAGGCGUCUAUUCUACACACCAAUUUGGAACCAGCCGACUCCUGUGCCUACACAGGACAUGGCGCUGCAUACCCUUAGAGAAGCCUUCGAAAGGUCUGUCAUCUCUCACAUGAUGUCCGACGUGCCUUACGGAGUGCUACUGAGCGGUGGCCUGGAUUCCUCUUUGGUGGCAGCGAUCAUGUCCCGCAACAGUCAGAGGCGGCAGCACACGGGGCCUGCAGCGUGGCCUCAGCUGCAUUCCUUCAGUAUCGGCCUGAAAGGCAGUCCAGACUUGAAAGCUGCCAAGGAGGUGAGCAAUUACCUGGGUACUGUACACCAUGAAUACGUUUUCACAAUUGAAGAAGCCCUGGAUGCAUUGCCAGAUGUCAUCUACCAUUUAGAGACCUUUGAUGUGACAACCAUCCGUGCUUCCACACCGAUGUACCUGAUGGCUAGGAGAAUCAGGGCCACGGGUGUGAAGAUGGUUCUAAGCGGCGAGGGAGCUGACGAAAUCUUUGGCGGCUACCUCUACUUCCACAAAGCCCCAAAUCCAGAAGAAUUCCAUGCGGAGAACGUCAGAAAGAUCAAGCAGCUGCACUUGUAUGAUUGUCUCCGAGCAAACAAAGCCAUGAUGGCAUGGGGAGUUGAGGCACGCGUCCCAUUCCUGGACAGGCAGUUCAUGGAGGUCGCCAUGGGCUUCAAUCCCGUGCAGAAAAUGUGCAAAGACCAGGCCGACAAGCCUCGAUGUGAGAAAUGGAUUCUGAGAAAGGCCUUUGAUCAACCUGGCGAUCGUGCAUAUCUGCCACCUGAAGUUCUGUGGAGACAGAAGGAGCAGUUCAGUGAUGGGGUGGGCUACAGCUGGAUUGAUUCCAUCAAAGCCCAUGCCGAAAAGCUCAUUAGCGACCAGCAAAUGGCGACAGCUGAACACAGAUUUCCAGUCAAGACACCUCGCACCAAGGAGGCUUACAUGUUCCGGCAAUUCUUUGCCAGCCACUUCGGAGAAAAUUCUGCUGCAGCGCAGACCGUUGGCUGGCAAGACUCCAUUGCAUGCUCUAGUGAGGUGGCCUUGAAAUGGGACAAGGCUUUCCAAGGCCGUGCAGAUGCAUCUGGCCGCGUCAUGCCCUUGGACUCCUUUGACCCUACGUAG